CAUUAACGAAAGAUCAUCUGAUUCUGAGUGCACAAUCUAAGUAGUUGGAUAGUAGGAGUUCUUCUAUAACAGCAAGGCCUCUUCCUUUGCACUCUCUCAAACACCAAUACAUAGAUACACAAAUCCUAAACAGUAACAGGCGCAGGCGCAAAAAUCGGUCGUUAGACAACCUCUCAUAUCCGUACUCCACCUACCUCGGCUAUCUUACUCCACCUCAUUAUUUAACGUCAAUAAACCCAAAGUUCAACUACGACAAACAACAAGCAACUACCACAUUGAUUAACAACAUCCCCAAAUCGAUAUUAACUCCACCUAAACUACGUACAAGUACCUACUUCGACUUCAUCGUUCUAACGUCUUACGACACCAAAAUCAACAAAAUGCCUUCCACCACCGAAUCCAAGAAGGAAGAAGUGAUGACCAUGAAGGUCACCACCAAGAACGUACUUUUUUCCUUUUCUUUAUGCUUGUUAGAAGAAGUUUGAACAUGUUGAAAAAUGAUGAUGAACCAACAGUAAACCUCAACAACAUAAUGAACUCGAAUUCAUGCUUUAGGCAAACAUCCUGAUGUCGUCCAUACCUCCAAACUGUAUAACAACAACACUACUACAACAGCCUGUCCGAUUCUACAUCCGUUCGGCUUUGAGCUUUUUGAAGGGGGUUGAUGAAGAGAAGCCAUGUGUCCAGGAGAUGAAGAUUUCGGCUCUGGGCAAUGCGAUCAAUGUCGCUAUUGCCUGCGCCAGUCGUGUGGAGGAGACCCAGAUCGGAACGAUCCAGGACGUACUUUUACCACUGUCUUACACCAAAAGUGUCCACGAUGGCCAUCAGCAGAUUUCAUGGUCUUUCAUAGCAACAGAAGAGGAUUCUGCGUUGUCAAUUGAUUUUGUCGAUGUGGUUUUAUCUUAUUUUUCCUAUUGUCUUAAAUUUUAUUCGUCAACACUGCCAAAUAUCAUCAGAUCAAGACGGAGUACCUGAAGAUGGUUGGCGGUAAGACUUGCCCGCAGAUCGAAAUUUCUAUCAAGCGUUCCGCAAAUGCUGAUAAAAUCGAGUUGAACGCUAAGGAGAUGUACGGCGUUGGUGCCGUCGGAGCGUAAACACCAGGACAACCUCCUUUGUAAUAGAAAUGAACGAGGAAGGUUAAUGUGAAAAAGGUCGAAUUAUACCACAUGUAGUACUUUCGUUGUUUAUUCAGUGUUCAGCAGUGAUUUCUCUCUUUUGAUACAAGGUGGCCGGCAAAGGAUUUUGAUUUCAUUGUAUGUGGUAACAAGAACAACACUGCAACUGCUUGGCGAUGAAUGAUAGUACUCGGCUACCGUCAGUUGGAGACAAACGUGGUGGAGAGGACACAUUUUCACAUACUACUUAAGCGACAUCACACAUACUUAUACGCAUAAACAACCAGACGUCAAUUUUCUGCGCUCCCAAUUCGUAACUAUUAGUGACCUGGCUUAUGUCAUCAACAUGUUGUAAAAAAUACCGACACAUAACGAAGAUCCCAUGGAAGUAGAUCUAAAUACCAAGAACAUCAGUGAUAAUUCAAUAUCUGUCAACAUGUUCGUAUUACCAUUGUGCGUAUCCGCGUAUCCGUAUCCGAUAGUGUUCAAUAUGAAAUGAGUAACUUGAUGAAAUAAAUGACGAAUACCCUCGUCGCAUAUGAUCUGUUAUCUCAUACUCGAACUUCUCCAGAAAUGCUUGGGAAUACAACAGUUCUUGUUCCUGUCACGAUGAGCAUCUAAAUCAUAGCGCCAGGCUCGUGUUGGAAUAAUCCUGUCUCAUCAACAACUGGAACUACGUUGGAAUUUUGGAAGAUACGAAGCAACAUAGUCCAGCAUCUGUUGGCAUGGAAGGCCACAAGAUGAGGCAAACUGGUCAAGAAAAAGCUUUGGCUUAAGCUUUUCAUCACUUUUUCUACAUCACACAUUUAUUGAUUUUACUAUGGGUCUUUGUGAUUGUAGCUUUACAGGAGGAGCUGAAAUAGACUGAAGAAGAGUUGUUAGUAUUAACUUUUAUCAAGUUCAAUCGUCCCGCCGGUAGUCGAGGAGCACUACUCGGGAUGCCAAUCAAUCAGUCAAUCAAUCAAGUGAGAGCGUGUGCGUCGAGGAGAAGGAUGAAGGAGCCCUUUUUGACACUUAUGAGACCGAGGGAUUAGCUUUAGCACUAGAAAUUAGUAAGUGGCACCCAGAAACCCCAAAAAUGAGGUUUUCGUC